AUGGCAAGACUCUUGUUGAUUGGGGCCACUGGCCAUAUCGGAGGAGCAGUACUUGAGCAAGUCACUCGCACGUUUCCCACGAUCAAGAUUUCAGCACUACUGCGUGAUCAGAAGAAAGCAGAUCGUCUUCAAACUCAGUAUCCCAACGUGAAAACUUUGAUUGGUAACCUCCAUACUACGGAUGUUGUCAAAAAUGCAGCCAAAGAGGCAGAUAUAGUGAUCAACAAUGUCCCACAUAGGAAUGAGGGCAACCUGGUAUUCGCAUCACAUCCCAGAGUGAGCGUCGCAAUCGUCUUGCCUGUUAUGGUAUACGGGCUCAGCCCUUCCGUUGAGCAUCCCUUUCCGCUGACCUUCCCUGAGUACCUGAAAGGGAUUCGUUCCUUAGGAAACGGGUUCACCAUUUCGAAUGGAGCUAAUGUCAUGGGCUACGUCCAUGGUCCCAAGGCAUAUUACUUCGCCUCAUCUCAAGAAAUGUCGUUCCGCACUCUGACGAGUCAGAUGGUAAAUGUCUUGAAAGGGCUCGGGGUUCUCGAAAGCGACACCGUCACGAUCAUUGACGUUUCAGGAGCGGCCAAAGCAAGUGGCGCUAUCGACAACGAUGAUCCACAGUCGUGGGCGAAGCAUAUAGCAGCUAGUUGUGGGGUAAACAUGAGGGUGCGACCGAGUCGAGCAUUAAUGGUAGGCUGGGAGCCCAGAGAAGUCGAGUUCGUGGACACGAUAGAGGAAGUAUCCAGAAGAUUCCUCGAAAAUGAGAGGACGUCGUAG